CAUGUAUGUAGUGAAGACUGGACGUGCUGAUGUGGUGCGGUCUCUACUGGAUUCAGGAGCUGACGUUAACAUUCAGAAGACAAGCAAGGGUUACACUGCUCUGUAUCUUGCUGUUGUGGUCAAGUCAUUGGAAAUUUGUCGGUUGUUAGUGGAUUUUGGUGCAAGACUGAAUGUGACUUGUAGUUCCAGAUGUAUUACACCAUUUUGCAGAGCAGCGUUGGACAACCUUAUUGACAUUUGUAAAUUUUUUGCUGCAAAAGGUGCUGACAUAUGGCAGAGAGAUGCUUAUGGAAACUCUCCAUUGGAUCUAAUGGAAUCUCCCAGAUUAUGGAGACAAAUUGAAGGAUCAAGUUAUCCAGUUUGUGAUGGACCUGCACAAUCAAGUGAUGAGUUUCCGUGUGCGAGUCAGUUUAUGAACAAUUUAGACGAGCCUACAUCUACAGCUUCAACUUUAGAACAUCAAGAGACUACUUUCAUCGUUUCUAGUUCAAAACUUGAUAAUGUUCAACAUCAAGUGCUUCCUUUGCAAAAGACAUCAGAAGCAGUGCAGAGUCAUUUGUCACAGAGUACAGCAGCGCAGUUUGAGAAAGAACGCAAACAACUGUAUUGCACCAUAGCUGCAAGUCGACGUGAGAGAGAUGAAGCAAAUAGAAUGUGUGAUGAAAAGAUGGCAGAGAUUAGUCAACUCUCAGAUGAGAUUCAGAUUUUAACAACCAAGAACAAAGAAAUGCAAGAAAGUUUUCAACAGACAGUUGAUCAAAAACAGAAAGAAAUUAAUAAUUUAAAGGAAGAGAAAAUUGACCUUCAACUUGAACUGGCUCAAAGACAACAAGAGAAUGAGACUGUAAACCAGCAGUUGGUUAUGCAGAAACAAUACAUUGCACUUCUACAGGAAGUUAGAGAAAAUUUUCAACAGCAAAACCAACAUUUUAGAGCAAGCUCAACAAAACCUUGAACAUCAGGACACUUCCCUAACCAUUUCUGCAGAAGAUUUGAAAAUUGCUGAAGAUCAACUUUGUGGAGGAGCAUAUGGACGUUAGGAUUCUAUUAGUACUGUACGACUUAAAUUUGUGAUUUGUUUCUAAGUCUUGCUUGAUUUGUAGAAGUGCAAGUUGCCAAGUGGCAGGGAGAUGAUGUAACAGUGACAAUUUUUCAUGUGUAACAGAAGUAGGUUGUAUAUUGGUAAUAAAUAAAUGGUAUUGGUAAUAAA